AUGGCGCUAGUGAAUGUCCUGGAGACCCCCGCUGGCGGUUUCAGCUUCGAGAAUGCAUCUAGAAACGCUGCUUUGGAGAAGAUUUUUGAGGGGAGGAAGACACCUACACCCCUGAAAACAGGCACCACUAUAGCUGGAGUGGUUUUUAAGGAUGGAGUUGUACUCGGCGCUGACACAAGAGCCACCUCCAGUGAAGUGGUUGCUGACAAGAUGUGUGCCAAGAUCCACUACAUUGCUCCAAACAUUUAUUGCUGUGGAGCAGGAACAGCAGCAGACACACAGAAAACUACAGACAUUCUUUCAUCAAAUCUCGCCAUAUUUUCAUUGAACAGUGGGAGAAAUCCCCGAAUGGUCAUGGCUACAAACAUAGUACAAGACAUGCUGUACAGGUAUCAUGGCAAUAUUGGGGCCCAUCUAAUUCUGGGUGGAGUCGAUUGCACUGGGAACCACCUCUACAAAGUGGGGCCCUGGGGAAGCAUAGACACCACACCCUUUAUGGCUAUGGGCUCUGGAGAUCUCGCUGCUAUGGGAAUUCUGGAGGACAAGUUCAAACCGAAUAUGGAGAUGGAGGAGGCUAAGGAGCUGGUACGAGCUGCAAUCGACUGCGGCAUCAUGAACGAUCUCGGCUCAGGACACAAUAUUGACCUCUGUGUUAUCACCCGCCAAGGAGUUGACUACAUCCGGCCUUUCCAGGAGUCACUGUACAAAGACAACAGGAACACAAAGUACAAGUAUCGCCGUGGGACCACUGCAAUUCUGACCCAGGAAGUAGUACCCUUAAAGCUGGAGGUUGUUCAGGAGACGGUGUUGCGGAUGGACAUGUGA